AUGGCCCAUGUCGUUCAGCUCACCAACACCCGCCUCGUCGACGGCGACCAACUCAUCGCCCAGUCCCUGUGGUUCGAUUCUAUCAAGGGCAUCUUCGUCUCUCACCCCCAGCACGCUCCUGCGUCCACCGUCGACUGCCAGAACCGGAUCGUCGCCCCGGGCUUUCUGGACUUACAGAUCAAUGGAGCCUACGGCUUCGACUUUUCCGAAGAUGUCGCCCGUCUGUCAGAAGCUGAUCACGACUGGCACGACGAGCUUCUUGCCGACAAUGAUCAGCCAGCUGCCCGAGAGGUACCAUCAGGUAUGCAGGCCAUGCCUAUAUCAUUCGCUAUGAAUCGAGAGAAAGAAGAGAGUAAAGCCGUCGCUGGUAGUGACUAUUCCCCGCAGAACCUGCCCUACCUGGGUCCAUCGCGUUCUCGACGUCCUUCGGAAGGCACCGAAUCUCUGGGCGCGCACUGCGAAGGUCCUUUCUUCGCUCACAACCGCAUGGGUGUGCACCUCCCCGCCGCGAUACACGCCUCGGGAUCAACAAGCGAACCAGACCGUGUCUUUCAGACGUAUGGAUCUAGUAAUCUCGUCGAUGCAGAGAGCAAAGAACGAGACGCUGGGUCCAUCCCGUCUCACGUUCGUAUGAUCACCCUUGCGCCCGAGCGACCCGGUGCCCUUGAUACCAUCCGUCAACUCAGUGACGAAGGAAUUGUGAUGAGUAUCGGCCACAUGGCCGCCGACUACCAGCAGGCUCGGGCGGGUGUUGAUGCGGGCGCAACGAUGGUUACCCAUUUAUAUAACCAGAUGAACUCGCAUCACCACCGCGAGCCAGGUCCGCUGGGCGUGCUGACCGAUACAGAUGCCGGUCCUGAGAUGAGAAUCCUGGGCCAGGGAACUGAAGAUGGAGGUGUCAAACGUCGCCCCUAUUUUGGGAUUAUCGCGGACGGUAGCCACGUCCAUCCGGCCAGUCUCAGAUUGGCGUACCAGGCGCAUCCAGAUGGGUUGGUCUUGGUCACCGAUGCCCUGCUCCCCCUGGGAGGCGAGGACGGCACGGUUGAUUGGGGUAGCCGCCAGCUCACGAAGCAGGGAGUGUCAGUCAAGUUGGAGGGCACCGACACUAUUGCGGGAAGUUGUGUGACUCUCCUCGAAUGCGUCAAUAACUUCCGUCGCUGGACCGGCGCGUCCAUCCCCACGGCUAUGCGCGCGGUGACCUCCACCCCGGCUGCGGUUCUGGGUCUUGAGCAUGUUAAAGGAACCUUUCAAGCCGGUGCAGAUGCUGACUUUGUGGUAUUGAGUGAGGAAGCAGUACCGGGGCUAUCGAGCUCGGAGCUAGUGGUGGAUCAAGUGUGGAAGUUUGGGGUGAAGGUGUAUGACCGGUGCGACGUGUAG